CAUCCAGUGAAGUGUAGACUUUGUUCCAUCAGGCUGCUGUGAGGCGUUAGAGCUGUCCUGCUUUUACACACAUCCCUCUCUCUCUCUCUCUCACACACACACACACUGAAACAGCAGGAGCAGGGACUCGAGGACAUCCAUCCAUCCAUCCAUCCAUCAGGAGGCUAGAAAUGGAGAGCUUUAACCACAGACUCAAUGAACAUAUUGACUCAUGGAUGGGUCCCAGGGAUCCUCGUGUGAGAGGCUGGCUACUGCUGGACAGCUACCUGCCCACUUUGGCCUUCACCAUUGUGUACCUCCUGAUCGUGUGGAUGGGGCCAAAGUACAUGAGGAACAGGCAGCCUUUCACGUGCCGGGGGAUCUUAGUGGUGUAUAAUCUGGCACUCACUUUUGUCUCCCUUUAUUUGUUUUAUGAGCUUGUGACUGCUGUGUGGCAAGGCGGCUAUAAUUUCUUCUGCCAAGACACUCACAGCGGAGGAGAGGCUGACAACAGGGUUAUUCAUGUGCUUUGGUGGUACUACUUCUCCAAACUCAUCGAGCUCAUGGAUACUUUCUUCUUCAUCCUGCGCAAAAAUAACCACCAGGUCACCUUCUUGCACAUCUACCACCAUGCCACCAUGCCGAACAUCUGGUGGUUUGUCAUGAACUGGGUGCCAUGUGGACACUCCUAUUUUGGAGCCUGCUUAAACAGCUUCAUCCAUGUGUUGAUGUACUCUUAUUACGGACUUUCGGCCAUUCCUUCCAUGCGGCCGUACCUCUGGUGGAAGAAGUAUAUAACACAAGGACAGCUGAUCCAGUUUGUCCUGACCAUGAGCCAGACAUCCUGUGCAGUGGUGUGGCCCUGCGAUUUCCCAAAGGGUUGGCUGUAUUUCCAGAUCAGUUAUAUGAUCACCCUUAUUAUUUUCUUCUUAAACUUCUACAUACAGACUUAUAAGAAGCAUGGAGCUGCGCUGAAAAAGGAUCACCAACACAACGUUGUUAAAUCUGUAAAUGGCCACUCGAACGGUGCGACUCCUACAGAAACCGUAAAGCACAGGAAGCUGAGGGCAGAUUGAGGACCUGUCCAUUCACCCGGUUCCUCUGGAUCUGUGUAACACUCUAGUCUACUCCCCAGUCUACAUACUGCAGAGAGAAGCACAAUAAAAAUAAAUCCAUGUUAAUGAAGAGUCGUAA